AAACUAACAUUGGUGCACUUGGAUUUUACAUUUAAUUCCCACAUAACUUUUAGAUCCAUUUGUAAGACUCAUUAAGACUGUCCAAUUGACAAGCAGCCACAAAGUUUUGUAACCAACAAAAAUCGUGUGUUACAUAAAAUGCUCAGGCAAUCCCUAAAGCCUUAGAACAUCAAAGUCGCACUAACUCAAAAACUUAAUCGGCAUCUACGUCUAUAGUAUCUGAAGACUAAUUUGAGUUUUUAAGCGUUUCUCCUGCUCUCUGUAAACGUAGAGGAACUCAGCGGGUGCUCAUAAACUCACCAGGUUAAACACCAGAAAGAAAAAAACAGGUCGAGAAGGUAGCCUUGAUUUACAUCAUUUCCAUUCAACAGUACUGGAAUCAGUUCUCAUCUCUUUAGUUCACCUUAUACUUUCCAGUUUGACAUUAGGAAACUACAGACUCACAAAUCCAAAUGCACAGCUGAAACAUUUAAUCACACUGUCAACUCUCUUAAGAGAUUGUCUACUAAGGAUUCCCAAAAAAUCUUUCUGCAAAAGUUGUGGAGUACCCUGCUACAUAUGUAAGAGGUGAAGGUAUGGUUUCAGUUUCUGUAUCAUAAAUAUAAAAAAAACUUGAUGAAUUGUAUGCAUCCAUCUCUUGCAAAUGAGAAGAAUUUUGAGUCAAAAAGCUUUGUCUUCCAAGAUAAUUUGAAAACCAUUUCUCUUCUCUCUCAUCAAACGCAGAGCCAGACCAUUCCGCAUCGACACACCUUUUGCCACAGAACUCGGUUUAGACAAUAGAAUCUUUAACAGACUCAUACCAGGAGCUAUUACCACUGCAAAAUGAAAGAAUCAAGACAACAAUUCAAGUCUCGUCUCGGACAAAAGUUUAUGUUAUUACUAACAGAAUAUAUUUAUACCCAAAUAUAAGUCUUUUGGCUCCCAAAUCCCAAUCUUUCAAGAUGGAGUGGUAAGAGAAAGAGAAAUUAGGAAGAUGGUUGAGUGUAUGAGUUUAGUCCACGUAAACAAUAUUUGUAAAACACACAGAAACAAACCAUUAUUUUUGUCUGACUGUGGUUGUAUGAUUAAGGAGGACGUCGAUGGACUGGUGCCGGGAAAUAAACCGUAAACGUAGAUCCACCGUACUGCUCUGUUUUCUGUCUCUUUAACACAACCUCGAUAGAUGUUGCCUCUGUUCUGGUCUUCUCCUCCGUUUUCCAAUCUCUUCCUCCACCUUCAGUUUUUGUCGUCGCGGGAACUUGUCUGAAUCUAGCAUGUCCAGUUUUAGAUCUACCGAGAAGAGAUAUAACCUUGACAACGUCAGUGACCGCCGUUAUCUAAGAGGCUGAGCUUUAUAUAGAAGACCUUCCACCGGUUAGAUAUGAAGAGGUUGAGCUGGAAUUAAUGCUACGGAGUGGGGCGAGUGAGAUGAAACAUGUUAAUGGUCGGAUCAAAGAAGUAAAUAAAUGGAAACGGAAGGCAUUACAGAAAGUGAAUCGAUGACUGCUUCAUCGGAAUGAAAAGAGCUCAGACCAAAUAACCUACACUAAGUUUUGUGCUUAGAGAAAAAAAAACAAUUGGGCCAGGACAAAAUAACCUAAUAUAAGCCCAAAUAGAAAUUACUUUGGGAAUAAACUAUACGAAGCUCAUAAUGGUUGCGAAAGGAUUAUUGAGAACAGAAAAAAAAUUGGUUUGUAGGUUUUUUUUAAGUGCCAGGUGUCUAAAAAAGCCCCUAUGUUAAUGAUGAUGUGGAUGGCCUAAGGAGAGAGACAACUCUCCUUUAUUAUUAUAGAUAGAUAGAUAGAUACUAUUCCUUCAUUUCGUAAUAUUAAUUUUCGUGUCUAUGAAGGUAAUUAUGUACAAACUGACUAAUUAAUCAAAGUUAUAAAGGGACAUAUAUACAUUCGCCAUUUUUUUUGGACAACACAUAUACAAAAAGUUUUAACACUUUGAGACUCACGAUUCUGGUAUUUGAUUGGGUUUGGUUUUAUUCGGUUUGAUAACCAGUGCAAAACCAUUCCUAAACCAAGUCACACUCUUUCACAGAAAACACCCAACAUCUUCCCUACAAUAGGUUAACUCCCAAUCUUCUGCUUCUAUUUGAUUUGGGUGCAGCGAAGAUGGAUCGUAUCGGAAGUCUCCCUGACGAGGUUCUUUCUCAUAUACUAUCUUCCCUAACGACAAAGGAAGCUGCUAUAACCUCGAUUCUCUCCAAAAGAUGGCGAAAUCUCUUUACACUCGUCCCUUAUCUCGACAUUGACGACUCUGUGUUUCUUAACCCGGAGGAAGGUAAGCGGGAACGAGAUGGUAUCCUCCAAAGCUUCAUGGAUUUCGUGGAUAAGGUUUUGGCUUCGCAGGGCGAUACUCCCAUCAAGAAAUUCUCCUUGAAAUGCAAAACUGGCAUCGACACAGAUCGUGUGAAUCAAUGGAUAUGUAAUGUCCUCCAACGUGGCGCUACAAGCCUUGAACUUGUCCUAGAUUUUCCUAGAGAAGACGAUGACGAUCUAGAUUCCGAUUAUAUGUAUUUUCUGCCUAAUGAGCUGUUCGUUAGCACCAAACUGGUCGAGUUGAGUUUAAGAAGCGAGUUUGGUGUUGAUUGGUGGCGUGGAGAUGUUUCUUGCUGCUUUCCCUGUUCUUGAGGAGUUCCACAUGGCUGAUAUCGAGUGGCCUCAAUCGGACCAAUCCGUUUUGAGUGUAAGCCUUAUGAAGUUAACUAUCUAUGCCGGCGGUUUCGAAGACUUUCGGAAUCCGAAGAGGAUUUCUUUUGAUACUCCGAAGCUAGUUUACCUUGAGUAUUCUGAUUUUGUUGCCGCGGAUUACCCCAAAGUUAACUUGCCCAAUCUAGCUGAGGCUGUACUCAUCCUUAAGGUAACUGAACAUCAGAUUGAUUUAAUACGAGAACCAGAUGAUGAAGAUGAUGUUUCUCUACGUCUUGGAAAUGUGUGGAAGCUCAUAAGUGGCUUAAGAAAUGUUAAUAAACUUUUCAUUUCUGCUGAGACUCUUGA